GCCUAAUGAGCGUAUUUGACACAUGAAAAUUGUUUUGGCAGCUGAAGCUUUGGAAUCAAACAACAAAAUUAAAAUCUCGCAAAAGUUAAAGAAAAACAUGGAAAUGAGAAUGUUGUCGGGAGAUGCAUCAGUUCUUGAAACACUGUUUCCAGAAAUGGUAAUCAAACAAGAGGAAAAUGAUGAGUUGAGUGAGGUGAAGGACUUUCUCGCAUGUUCGAAGGCUCACCAUGAACUGCGUAUCUAUCAAACAUACGAUUCUGCAUUGGAUGCAUUGCGUCGCAUGCGAAAUGCGGAAGAUUCCAGAAUGCUGGUCAAAUAUAGUCAAUCGUUCUUGUCAUUGGUUAAACUUGUUCUAAAAUAUCAAAAGGACUACGAGAAUCAAUUUUCAGUAGAGCGCGACACUAGUGAAAGCAAUUUAAUGAAAAUUUCGUCCAAAGGUUGGAACACUUUGCUAUUAAACCACAUUGAGGAGAACCGUCAACUUACCUCAAAUGCAUUGAACACUGAAAAUGGACGUGUGGGGGCAUUGCUAUUGACAGAAACUAUAAAGAACGCCAAGAUAUGUUUUAAUCUUCUUGUCGAUCGCAGAAACUUCAAUUAGAAUUGAUUUUUGUGCUAUUAUUCUUACAUUGUGAUUUGAAUAAAAUAAAUACAGAAGAAAUCGUUCUAUGCA